UUCUUCGGUAUUAUGGAAGGCUAAAGGGAAGGGAAGGAACUAGAGCUUUUAAUGUUCGUGAUCUUGAAGUAGCCCAGUAAAAAGCCUUAUCAGCAAAAAAAAGCCAAAUCAAGCGCUUUACUGAUAGAGCACCCCGCUCACAGUGAUAAUGCGUGGCGAUAACGCCUUGAUUCGAACUGCUGGCAGUUUUACUUCAGCACAAUGCCGAAACGACGGACGCGGAAAAAAGAUUGCAAAUUUCGAUUCGAGUUCAUUUUGGGCUUAUCCUUAUGGCUCCUCCUUUUCCUGGCUCACUCGGUGAAUGGAGUGCGGUGCAGAAUACCCUAUGAGAGGGUCCGCGAAAACUACUGUUACUUUGUUGCCGACGAAGAACCGCUGCACACAUCCUUCCACAACUUUUGCUACCAGGACAAGCGCACCUCGAGAGUUUGCCUGGACAGUGAUGAGGAGAUGCGCAUUCUGUCCCAGCACUUGUACGAGUUGGGCUACCCGAAUGGCACCCAGUUCUGGAGUGCCGGUCAUCGUUGGCCGGGUGAUAAUCAAUUCUACUGGAACUAUUUUGGCAGAGCCAAGGCCCUAAAUUAUACUAACUGGGCGGUGGAUGAGCCGACUCCCCAAAUGGGUCGCAAUUGCAUGAUCCUCACGCUUCGCGGUGGAGAGCUUAUAAUGAGCAGUGAAUCCUGCUACACCCGAGCGGUUGAUAUUUGCGAACAAACUCUGAACGGCACUGAUUCCCGUUCUGUGAUACACUGAUCAUCCAACGAUUUAUUAUCUACAAAUGUACCUAGCUAAAGUGGCGAAAUCUCAAAAUAAUCGGCUCUUUUUAAGAACUAUGAAUACUAUGGAAAGUUUAAUCAAAGUGUAAGUGAUCAGCGAGAUAGUGAGUGAUCAGCGAGAUAGUGCAUAUAGAUACAUUUCAAUUCAACAAUUUCAAUUGAUUUUUAAAAUGGAAGCCUCCGAUUACGAGAUAUCAAUAACCAUAACAAUUCUAUUCCUUUUAUUUUACACUUGUAAAUUGAUUGCUACCUUUUGCGUCUCAUUUAACACUCAAAUGACAAGUUGUAAGUCCUCAAAUACUAAGGAAUUUUUGUUUUUGAAAUACUAGUAUAAGUAUAAAUGUUCAUUGAUAACCCUAAGUUAGUUUAUUACGAUAAGGCUUGCCUGGCAAAGAGCUGUGUGCACUUUUCCGUCAAAGCUCAGUUCGGAAUUAUCUUCAAACGGGAAAACAACGCAAAAUGCAAUCGAGAAUAUUUAUAAUGCUCUUACUUAUAGCUGUGUGUAGAAGUGAAGAUGAUUUUAUUAGGAUCGGAGAUGGAUUUUAUUAUAUUGGAAACGAAAAGGAUGUGAGUUGUGAAAGUAAUAAAUAAAAUGGAAAAUA